GACGCGGAGGAGCGGCCUUCCGGCGCGGUGACGUCACGGGGGCGCCGCGCGAGGGGGCGUGGCCGAAGGCGGCGGCGGCGAAGAUGGCGGACCUGCUGGGCUCCAUCCUGAGCUCCAUGGAGCCGCCGCCCGGGCUGGACGACCGCGAGGCCCGGCGCGCCAGAGAGCAGAGCGCGCGGCUGCGGACGCUGCAGGAGCAGGAGAAGCGCCAGAAGGCCGCCUUCCGCAAGAGGAUGGAGCGGGAGGUCUCGGCCUUCCUGCAGGAGAGCGCGGAGCCCCGCAGACGCUUCCGCCCCAUGGGGAAGAUCGAGCGCAGCAUCCUGCACGACGUGGCGGAGGUGGCCGGCCUGGCGUCCUUCUCCUUCGGCGACGACGAGGACUCCCGCUACGUCAUGCUCUUCAAGAAGGAGUUCGCACCCUGCGAUGAGGAGCUGGAGGCCUACCGGCGCGGGGAGGAGUGGGACCCCCGGCAGGCAGAGGAGCGGCGCCGGAUGAAGGAAGCGGCGCAGCGUCAGGCGGAGGAGGAGGCCCUGCGUGGGCCGGCGGAGGUGACCCCUCCCAGCGACUACAAGGACAAGUACAGCCACCUGAUCGGCCGGGUGGCCGCCAAGGACGCCGCCCAGGCCAUGGAGGCCAACAAGGCCUACGGCUGCGUGCCGGUGGCCAACAAGAGGGACACGCGCUCCAUCGAGGAGGCCAUGAACGAGAUCCGGGCCAAGAAGCGGCUGCGCCAGAGCGAGGAGGAGGCCAAGAGCUCCUAGGGGCCCUCGGUGGCCCCGCUCCAUCUUGUGGGGCGGCCUCAGGGCUGCUCCCGUGGAGGGGGGGAGGAAUCGGUGGGGACUCUCAUC